AUGCUCGCUCAAACGUGGCAAGCCUACACCAUGUCGACAUUAGUGCUAGAACCCGACUUUGCUUUGGCAUUUGCCGUGCUCGUUGGCGCCACCGCGUUCGCGGUGCCGGCCUGCCUGCUUCUGCCUUCUCCCCUCAUGCGGACGACGUCUUGGUGGCGUUCGUCGUGCUCUCCAUUGUCAUUCCACUGUGUGUACAUGGUGUUGCCCACGCUCGCAAGCUACUUUGCGUCAAAGGUGUACUUAUGUGUUUUGUUCUCCAACGAAGAUUUCGUGGUGAGUGUGUAUUCAGCGCGUCAAGUAGCUGUGUCGGCUUCCAAAGACAUCCUUAUCAAGCUAUGUCCGAUUGUGGCCAUGAUGCAGACGAUGCGAAACCUCAUUCGCUGCUUUGGUGCAGCCCCGCCCGUCAGUCACGCCCUGAAGCUCAAGAAGCUGCCGACCAUGUCGACUAUCACUGAAACCGGGGAGCUCACCACCUCCAGCCUGGCAACGUCUAUCCUGUCGUCUCAUACCGCUGCCCUGGCGUUGGGAAGUUUCAAGCGACAAAGUAGAUCGAGCCAACGCUCGUCAAAGGCCAUUCAAGUGUCGUUUACAAAAAUACCCCCGCCCCACCUCAAAGGCCCCAUGGCUCUCCCAAUGUUCGUCCACCCCAUGUCACAACAAGGGAUGCCCAAUCGCUGUGCCCCCCACAACGUGGCCCUGUGGUUUGCAACGUCGAAUAUAUCUACUCUGGCAAACCCAACUCACCGACUGGUCCAUGCCAGAAGCCGUGUGGCCACCAAACUUGACCACGAUCAGCUGUGGAUCUCGCAGUUCCCCCUCACGACGUUACCAUCGUUGAUAGCCAGUUUAGAAUUGCUCUACGGGCUCCGUCUCAACACCAACAUGUUGCACGAUGUUCACACCCGACAUGUUCCGAACCAUGCUGACCCUGCUGUCGUGGAACAAACGCGCGGUCGUGAUCGACGUCACAAACAACCCCAUCGCGCCCAUGCCUCGGGAUGUGUCGGCGACUCUCCUAGCGACGCACUCCGUAUUGUGUAGCCCAACUCAAGCAAAAUCCAGUCAAAUGGAUCGCCAGCUGCUUGCCAUCCCCAGCACGCGAGGCUACUGGUAGGCAAUGGCCUCUGCGAUGUGUCGUGUUUGGUUUCUCAAUGGGACUACGAUGGCAGCGACUGCAACGAGUUUAUCGUUCGCAACAUGGCAGAUGGAAUAUGAUACUAAAAUCCAUGAAGGGUCAUUUAUGCCAGAUAUU